AUGCUGAAAGAGCGGCACGGGUAUGACGUCGGCUUCUUCAACCGCUACGAUCUGCUCUGCGUCCUGCACAAGCACAUCCGCGAGAAGGAGCGCCUCCUCGUGAACCAAAAGGUUGCCCGAGUCGACACCUACGAGGACAAGGUGGUCGUGCAGACCUCGACGGGAGAUGUCUUCGAGGCGCAGGUGAUAGUUGGCGCCGACGGCGUGCGCUCCGCGGUCCGCGACGAGAUGUGGAGGAACGCGGAGGUGGCGGGUGCUGUGCCCGAGGAGGACAAGAAAGAAAUCAUCUGUGAUUGGGCCACCUGCUUUGGUGUGUCCACGUACGGAGCUUCACAGCCCCGCGGUCAAGCUGGCAGUGUUGUAGGGGACGGGUUCAACGCGGGAUGGAUGUUUGGCAAAGAUGGACGUUGCUUCACCUUCUGGUUCUUCAAGCUCCCCGAAGAGAACCGCAAGAUUACACACAACGGCAUCCCCCGGUUCACGAAAGAGGACCACGAGAGGGAGAUCGCCCGCGCCAAGAAGCUCCUCGCCAAAGUCCCGAGGAAGAAUGGACUCCACCUGGACUUCGAUCAGCUAUAUGACCAGAGAGACCCGGCGCAUUGUGGUAUCACGGCAUUGCCCCAUUUCGUGUUGCAGAAGUGGCAUUUCGGCCGCAUUGUGGUUAUUGGAGACUCCUCGCACAAAUUCAACCCGCUCCCCGGCCACGGCGGCAUGAACUGCUUGGUCUCAGCAACCACACUCGUCAACUGCCUACAAGACUCCCUGGGCGACAAGCUCAAGAGCUCGCCAGUCUGGGACAUGGCCCCGCUGGAUGAGGCCUUCACCAAGCUGGCCGAAGCGCGGGUCGACAAGGUGAAAUCGGCCGUUGACGCAUCCGAGGACGCCGUCAACAUGAUGGGGUGGGGCAGUAGCUACCAGAAGAUCCGCUACAAGGUCCUCUUGCCGCUCCUUCCCAACUCUGCGCACGCCGACGGCGCCACGAAGGUGAUCCGGACCGGCCACGCGCUGAAGGGGUGGAAGGUCCCCGAGGUCCCACACACGGUGAAGUACGAAGAUGAGGAGAUGAGUGUGAAGGAGGAGAGGUCUGCUCUCCUCUCACCGGCGGCGCUGUUGUUGACUGCUACUGCGGCAGCGGUCGGGGGAAUCAUGGCGAUGAGGGCUCUGCAGAGGAAUCCUGAGCUGCUGGUCAACGGUUGGAAAACCCUGCAAUCUAUCUCUGUCUGA